CAGAAGAGCACAGAGAGCGCGCGGGCCUGGAUGCUGGGUGGGUGAACUCUGCCCUGGGCCUAGGGCCAGCGGGAGGAUCCGGAGCCAAAUCUGCGCGCCCUGCGAGCGGUAACCGGGCUGCUGAGAUCCGGAGGGCGGCAGGGGCCAAAGCCCCAGCCUACGCCCCGCGGAGAUGUCCGGGUGCGGCGCCUGUACUUGCGGUGCGGCCGCCUCGCGGCUCAUCACCUCCUCCCUCACCUCCGCGCAGAGAGGUAUUUCUUGUGGCCGCAUUCAUAUACCUGUUUUAGGAAGGCUUGGGACCUUUGAAACCCAGAUUCUACGAAGAACUCCUUUUAGAACCUUUACAGAAACACCAGCAUACUUUGCGUCAAAAGAUGGGAUGAGUAAAGAUGGCUCUGGAGAUGGAAAUAAGAAAUCAGCAAGUGAGGGAAGCAGUAAGAAAUCAGGCUCUGGGAGUUCUGGGAAAGGUGGAAACCAGCUGCGCUGUCCUAAAUGUGGUGACUUGUGCACUCAUGUAGAGACCUUUGUGUCUUCCACCCGUUUUGUGAAAUGUGAAAAAUGUCAUCAUUUUUUUGUUGUGCUAUCUGAAGCAGACUCAAAGAAAAGCAUAAUUAAAGAACCCGAAUCAGCAGCAGAAGCUGUAAAAUUGGCGUUCCAACAGAAACCACCUCCUCCCCCUAAGAAGAUUUAUAACUACCUCGACAAAUAUGUUGUUGGCCAGUCAUUUGCUAAGAAGGUGCUUUCAGUUGCUGUGUACAAUCAUUAUAAGAGAAUAUAUAAUAAUAUCCCAGCAAAUCUGAGACAGCAAGCCGAGGUUGAGAAGCAGACAUCAUUAACACCUAGAGAGUUAGAAAUAAGAAGACGGGAGGAUGAGUACAGAUUUACAAAAUUGCUUCAGAUUGCUGGAAUUAGUCCACAUGGGAAUGCUUUAGGAGCAUCCAUGCAGCAACAGGUAAAUCAACAAAUACCUCAGGAAAAACGAGGAGGUGAAGUAUUGGAUUCUUCUCAUGAUGACAUAAAACUUGAAAAGAGUAAUAUUUUGCUGCUCGGACCAACUGGGUCAGGUAAAACUCUGCUGGCACAAACCCUAGCUAAAUGCCUUGAUGUCCCUUUUGCUAUUUGUGACUGUACGACUUUGACUCAGGCUGGAUAUGUAGGUGAAGAUAUUGAAUCUGUGAUUGCCAAACUGCUCCAAGAUGCCAAUUAUAAUGUAGAGAAAGCACAACAAGGAAUUGUCUUUCUGGAUGAAGUAGAUAAGAUUGGCAGUGUGCCAGGCAUUCAUCAGUUACGGGAUGUAGGUGGAGAAGGCGUUCAGCAAGGCUUAUUGAAACUACUAGAGGGCACAAUAGUCAAUGUUCCAGAAAAGAAUUCCCGCAAGCUACGUGGAGAAACAGUACAAGUUGAUACAACAAAUGUCCUGUUUGUUGCAUCUGGUGCUUUUAAUGGUUUAGACAGAAUCAUCAGCAGGAGGAAGAAUGAAAAGUAUCUUGGGUUUGGAACACCAUCUAAUCUUGGAAAAGGCAGAAGGGCUGCAGCUGCUGCAGACCUUGCCAACAGAAGUGGAGAAUCAAAUACCCACCAAGACAUUGAAGAAAAAGAUCGAUUAUUGCGUCAUGUAGAAGCCAGAGAUCUCAUUGAAUUUGGCAUGAUUCCUGAGUUUGUGGGACGGUUGCCUGUCGUAGUUCCUUUGCAUAGCCUAGAUGAGAAAACACUUGUACAAAUACUCACUGAGCCACAUAAUGCUGUUAUUCCUCAGUACCAGGCCUUAUUCAGCAUGGAUAAGUGUGAACUGAAUGUUACUGAAGAUGCUUUGAAAGCUAUAGCUAGAUUGGCACUAGAACGAAAAACAGGUGCACGAGGCCUUCGAUCCAUAAUGGAAAAGCUGUUACUAGAACCAAUGUUUGAAGUCCCUAAUUCUGAUAUUGUAUGUGUGGAGGUUGACAAAGAAGUAGUAGAAGGAAAAAAGGAACCAGGAUACAUCCGGGCUCCAACAAAAGAAUCUUCUGAAGAGGAGUAUGACUCUGGAGUUGAAGAAGAAGGAUGGCCUCGCCAAGCUGAUGCCGCGAACAGCUAAAUUGUCAGACUUUUGUCCUGUAUAUAAAGCUUUCCCUUCGUUUACUUAGGAUUGUGACUAUGUCUACAGUCUGACAUUAAAAGCAUUGGAUCAAUCUUGGAUAUCAUACAUGAUCAGAAGCCUUUAGGAUAAAAAUCAGAUCAUGUAUAUUAUGUAACAUCAUAUUGAUUUAUACAGAGGACAUUAUGUGGACUUCAGUGACACAAUGUUGAGAUAAAAUGUACAUUGUUUUGGUUCAGUUUUUUAAAAAUACGCUUUAACAAAAUUCUUAGUUCUUUUAAGCAGUGCAGGUGUUGCAAUAACUGUGGAUUUUACAAUAUUGUCACUCUACAAAUGGGAAAUAAAUUCUUUAAAAUUUAAGAUUGGGAUACCAUUUUUUAGUUUAACCUUUUUCUACCCAUAUUUGUCUCCCGAAAAUAUUAGAAUUGUGUUCACCUUAAAAAUUGGAACAGUUUCCAGGUAGUUAAAAAUUUCAUGGAAAAAGUACCCAGAAGAACCAUAUUUUGAUGAUCUGUUUAGCUGUAUUCCUAGUCUUACCUGCUAAUGUGUGACCACUGACUCCCCAACUGGUGUUAUAAAAAAGGCCAUUCUCUGGC